AUGAAGGCUUCCAUCGUCGCCGCUGCCCUCGCCCAGAGCGCCGUCACCAUCGCUGCCCCCGGACCCGGAGGCUGGGGCGGCUCCAACGAGAGCAACUUUGGCGGUUACGGAGCUGGAGGCGGCUGGGGCGCCGGUGGCUUCGGAGGAUUCGGCGGAUCCCCUGCCGCUAUCUGCGCUGCUUCUUGCUUCGCUUCCCACUGGCAAACAGCUACCCCCACUCCCGCUGCCUUCUGCACGGAGAACUCUGAUCUGAAGUCUUGCGUCAGCUCCGCCUGCGCUACCCAGACCGCCGCUCUCUCUGCCUGGUCUUCCGUCUCCUCAUCCGCUUGCCACGCCUUCACCGACUGUGCCACCAAGAGCACCUUCACCUACACCGGCGGCUGGUGGGGUCCCGCCACCAAGACCGGCGACGCUGCUGUUACCGUCACCGGAUGUCCUGUUGACGGCUGGUGGGCUCAGGGCGGUGCCUGGGGUGGCAUGGGCCCCGGCUGGGCUUACAAGACUCACACCGACACCGUCACCAGAACCUUCAGCCAGGGCGGCCGUGUCAUCACCACUGUUGGCCCCCAGACCGUCGCCCAGGCCGUCUCCGGUAGCAGCACGCUCAUGACGACCUUCACCGGUGCCUUCGCCGCUCAGGAGACCGGCUCUACCAACGCCGCUGCUGGUAUUGACCGCAGCGUCAAGGUCGCCGGUGCCUGCCUCGGCGCUGCCGUCGCCGUCGUCGGCCUGUUGUAA